GUUCUAUUCGAUACUGGAUUCUCUGCUAAAGACUUAUCUUUGAUAACAGAAUGGAGGAAGCAAUCGCGGAGCUACGGCGUCAGCUUGAGGAACAAAAAACGCUCCGAGAAGCAGCAGAGCGUCCGCGAGAAGAGGAGGAGAAAGCGCGAGAAGAGGCAGAACGGCGAGUGCAGCCCAAUACACUAUUCAGCCUCCUUGAUCGCUGCCACAAUUCUCUAUCUCUAGCAAUCCAAGUUGAGACGGAUGCGACCCUCUUGACCCAGGGCUACGCGACCGACCCUGUCAACCGACUUUACCCCAAGCAGGUUAUCCCCUGGCCUGACUUCCCCCAACUCCAAGAGCAAGUCUGGCAGAAGUUCGAACGCACAGCUAACUUUACCUCGCGUCCGCUCUUUCCUUCUAAUACCCAAAUCGAUUAUGUCUUGACAAAUAUCCAGAAUAAGCGAAUUUAUUCAGAAGCGUCCCUUCGAAAUUUCGAGCGAGACACGGUAGAUAACUUUGUUGAACAAAUUAUUAAUGCAUUACGAGACGAUGAACCACUUCGACGUGAAUUUGGCAUUCAGGGACGCGUCUCCUUCUAUGACCACGAGACCCCAGAGGAGGCUUCGUUGGAAAACAGUUUGGAACAGAUGAAUAUCCAGAACGCGCGCGCCCCCCAACGACUAGCGGUCACUAGACGUGGGAAAGGUAGAGGAAGAGGAGGGGGAACCGCGCAGAGAGAGACGAGGGCUGGCACCGCCCGAAGACGCAAUCGCCGUGCCGACCAAUUCUGUGUGCAUGUCAUGGCCAACGAGCGACAAAAGCCGGUGUUUGCAGUCGAGUUCAAAGCGCUGCACAAGGUAACAAUCCCUGAAUUGGUGGCCGGUUUACAUCCAAUGAAUCUGGCUCGCGAUGUCAUUGAUCAGGAAGGCGACACGUUUGAGUUUUAUGCUACCCACCUCAUUGCAGCCGUGGUUACCCAGAUAUUCUCAUACAUGAUCGACAGUGGAGUUCAAUAUGGCUAUAUCUGCACAGGAGAGGCUUUUGUUUUUCUUCAUAUCCCGAAGAAUGAUCCUACAGUCGUUCAGUACUACUUGUGUAUCCCGAAUCAAGACGUGCAGGCGGACAAUGAAUGGCAUCUUCACCGGACUGCCAUCGGUCAAGUGCUCGCGUUCGCCCUCCAAGCGCUAGCCGUCGAAGCCCCAUCUCAGGAGUGGUACGAUACAGCAAAUGAGAAGCUAUCAACUUGGGAGGUUGAAUAUCUAGAUAUCUUGCGUCUUAUUCCUGAAACUAUUCGCAAAGACCCGCCGGCCUCUAAUUACCGACCCUCGCACUGGAAACAAGAGCCGAAAGCACACCACACACGAUCCCGUGCUCGUUGUCAACCAGGCAUAUCCACUCCGCAGCACUCAUCUACUGAGGGCAGUGACAACGAUGAAGAAUCGCAUUCACCAUCUACUGAGGCAGCGGCGCGCAGCCGGUCGAGUCGCAGUCAAAGCAACAACCGUCAAUCGACCAAGGGAAAAGAGAGGACACGAGCGGGCCAGGACAAAAAACAGACUUCUCAAAAGGACAGGCAGUCUACACGGCCCUACUGCAGCAUUGCCUGCAUUCGCGGCAUGGUCAACCGAGACACUCUGGAUAAAGAAUGCCCCAACUGGAGGCACCAUGGUGGCCAGAGACACUCAAUGGGCCCGCGUGAGUUCACGCGCCAGCUCCACCUUCAACUUGUCCGAGAUCGAACCCGUGGGUUUGAACCGCUGCAUAUUCGUGGUCGAACAGGCUACCUUAUAAAAGCGACCCUUCUAUCACACGGAUAUACUGUGAUCAUUAAGGCUACCACGGCACAGAAACAGCAUCUUCUUCAGGCAGAAGUGGACAAUUAUCGCCGUCUCCGGAGCCUUCAGGGACAACAGAUCCCUGUCUGCCUUGGGACCUUCACCCCACGAAUUACAUAUUGGUACCAUGGCGAAUUAAUGGCGCAGAUGAUGAUUCUGAGCUGGUCUGGGACGCGCCUUCAACAUGUCAUCAAUAAGGAGAACUCCGCUCUCUUCCACCGGAAGCGCCAGAAAGCUCUGGCCGUGCUUCGGUCACACGGCGUUAUCCACGGCGACAGUGAGUGGCGUAAUAUGCUAUGGGACGAGUUAGGUGGUCGUUUGAUGGUCAUUGACUUGGAGGACGUGAGAUGGUUGAAGGGGCCUCGAGCUCUAGAAUCACUUUCUCCCAAUACAUGGAAUGGUCGUCGCACCAGUGGAGGAGAACAGGCAACGGCUCUUGACCAGCAGACCAGGAAAAAUUCCGUCUACGCAUGA